AAAAUUUAAAAGCGUCGGCGGUGGAAGCAGGAGUGGGGCGGAGCCACACAGCUUGGCGGCUGGGUGAUGAGCAGGGGAGACUUGGAGCCGGGCAAUCUCAGUUUUCACUUCUCCAAACCGGGUAUGAUGCCCACACUGGGAAGAGUCCUGUUGAAGAGCAGCGUCUCUGAGGCCCACAAGGCUUUCGGAGCGAGCCGGUGAGACUGCUCGUGGAAGAAGAGAGCCUGCACCGUCCGCCAUCCGGGGAAGCUCGCCAUUGCUAUGGAUACCGAAUCCACAUAUUCUGGAUAUUCCUACUACUCAAGCCAUUCAAAGAAAUCUCACCGGCAAGGGGAAAGAACACGAGAAAGACACAAAUCUCCACGGAGUAAAGAUGGCAGAGGGUCAGAAAAGUCUGUCACUAUCCAGGCUCCCACUGGAGAACCCCUGCUGGCAAAUGACUCUGCCCCCACAGGCGCAGAGGAAGUUCAGGAUGACAACUGGGGAGAGACCACCACGGCCAUCACGGGCACCUCGGAGCACAGUAUAUCCCAAGAGGACAUUGCCAGGAUUAGCAAAGACAUGGAGGACAGCGUGGGGCUGAAUUGUAAGCGCUAUCUGGGCCUUACUGUCGCCGCCUUCCUUGGACUGCUCGUGUUCCUCACCCCCAUCGCCUUCAUCCUGCUGCCCCCAAUCCUGUGGAGGGAGGAGCUGAAACCCUGUGGCGCCAUCUGCGAGGGACUCCUCAUUUCUGUAUCGUUCAAACUGCUUAUUCUGCUCAUCGGAACCUGGGCACUCUUCUUCCGCAAGCAAAGAGCAGACGUGCCGCGGGUAUUUGUGUUCCGAGCCCUUUUGUUGGUCCUCAUCUUUCUGUUCGUGGUCUCUUACUGGCUUUUUUACGGGGUCCGCAUCUUGGACUCUAGGGACCAGAAUUACAAGGACAUCGUGCAAUAUGCCGUCUCCCUCGUGGACGCGCUGCUUUUUAUCCACUACCUUGCCAUCGUCCUGCUGGAGCUGCGGCAGCUACAACCUAUGUUCACACUGCAGGUGGUCCGCUCCACCGAUGGAGAGUCCCGCUUCUACAGCUUGGGACACCUGAGCAUCCAGAGAGCAGCCUUGGUGGUUCUGGAGAAUUACUACAAGGACUUCACCAUCUACAACCCCAACCUUCUAACGGCGUCCAAAUUCCGAGCAGCUAAGCACAUGGCUGGCCUGAAAGUCUACAAUGUAGAUGCUGCCCUUAUGGCCAAACUGAAACUUUAUGUCGCAGAUGGGCCCAGCAACAAUGCCUCUGGUCAGUCCCGAGCCAUGAUUGCUGCAGCGGCCCGCCGCAGGGACUCCAGCCACAAUGAGCUGUAUUAUGAGGAGGCUGAACAUGAGCGGCGGGUGAAGAAGCGGAGAGCAAGAUUGGUAGUGGCGGUAGAGGAAGCCUUCAUCCACAUCCAGCGUCUCCAGGCUGAGGAGCAGCAGAAGUCUCCAGGAGAGGUGAUGGACCCCAGGGAGGCAGCUCAGGCCAUCUUCCCCUCCAUGGCCAGGGCGCUGCAGAAGUACCUGCGCACCACGCGGCAGCAGCACUACCACAGCAUGGAGAGCAUCCUGCAGCACCUGGCCUUCUGCAUCACCAACAGCAUGACCCCCAAGGCUUUCCUUGAGCGAUACCUCAGCGCGGGUCCCACCUUGCAGUAUGACAAGGACCGCUGGCUCUCAACACAGUGGAGACUUAUUAGUGACGAAGCCGUGACGAACGGGUUACGGGAUGGAAUCGUUUUCGUCCUUAAAUGCUUGGACUUCAGCCUCGUAGUCAAUGUGAAGAAAAUUCCGUUCAUCGUACUCUCUGAAGAGUUCAUAGACCCCAAAUCUCACAAGUUUGUUCUCCGCUUACAGUCCGAGACGUCGGUUUGAAAGGUCUAUAUUUGUGGCUUUAUGAGAAACAAAAGAAGAAUAUAUAGAGAUAUAUAUGUCCUGGGGGGGGGGGGUCCUUUUAUAAAGAUUUUUUUUUUUUAAUUUUUCAAUGCUGACUGAAGCUGGCAGAUGAUAGACCAGUAUCCUUCGACCAUCUGCACUUUAUUUGGAAGGAAGCAGAUGUCCACCCCGACAGCGACUGGUGGCGUCUGACGUUAAUAGAUGGGACUUCUGAAGAAACUGUUCCCCGGAGUUCCUGUGACAGCUGUAAACCAAAGCGGAGCUGCUGUGUCCUUGGGAGCCUCGCCUUACUGGUCCCUGCCUGUCGCCCCGCUACCAUGUCCCCCUGUACUUCUGGCCGACCCCUUCAUACGUUCUAGGGUACUCAGUUUGUCCUGCUUCAGGAAACUGCACAUCCACACGUGUGUUUGCGCAUGUAAUUAUCCAUAUCACUACACCGUCCUGGGGAGGGGUGGGCAGUCCGGGAAGUACCCACCCACCAGCAUCUGUUCUUUGUUGCCUUAAAUUCUGCAGAGAAAGAGCCUAACGUAAACCGUGCACUGCCGGGUUGCAGCUGCUCGGUGAUUGGCUUUCUCUUUUCCAGAUGGAGAGAGCUACCUGCCCUGUUUCUGGCCCUGUUCCUCUAAUAGGCCUGAGGCAGGUAGCCUUUCCCUAAGCCUGGGAUUGACCACCUGAACUCCACUGUAGCCCGUGUUGAGCACCCCAGACCACAGCCCCACCUGGUGAGCGGCCCUGGAGGCUACCUCUGCCCUCCAGAGCUUUUCCAGGGUGUCCACAAACUCUUUGCACAGCCUUAGCCUCUCCUGCAGAGUCUUUUUCAGAAGUAGGGUAUGACCCAGGGGAGCCAUUUGGCUGCAGAGCCCCCUUAGGCUGCAACAAGAGCCCCUGCUUCCUUAGCCCUGCUUCUCCCAAACCAGGAGAGACCAACACUGUGACUCCCAGUUGGCAGGUGCCCCUUGGCACCAUCCACUUUCCCAGGGAGACGGGUACUCACAAAGCUCAUGUGCCAAGCUGCCCUAUCACAGGAGACCAGACAAUGCCCACACGCUGGUACCUGCUGCUGUCCCACCUCUGUGGUUUGUGACCACCAUCACUGUGCAAUGUACUGCAAGGAAAGGGGUACUCUGCCCUUAAUUAUUGGUCAGGAAGAGAAAGGGAAAGGGGGUGCUGGGAAAAGGGAGAGUGGGGGGUGGUCAGCAUUGCAGUCCGGGAGGCCUCUUCUGUCAGCUAGUUUUGUAACUGGUUUCAGGGGACUGUCCCUCAAUAUCCUCUUUGUAGACGUAGGUGCCUCCUGGCAGAACCCUGUGCCGGGGAAUGCCCACGGAGCCAUGUCCUGAAACCUUAAAGUGGGGUGUCUCGGUCUCUGUUUGCCUUCCUGUAUCUGAAGCAAUGAUUCCCCAAGUAUUCACUCUUUGCUUUCCUGGCUUCAGGGAUCUGGUUUCAGGGAAGGAGAACACUGUCACCAUGCCCCUUGUCCCUGCAUGUGUCCCUUCCUGUUUAUGCACUUGGUAAAUCACACUAUUUUAUCUGUCAUUUUUUUUUAAAAAAAAAAAAGGUCAAAAUUGGCUUGGGAUAUUUAUAAUAUAUCUGUACUUAGAAAAGCAAACAUUCUUCACUCACCAACUUUUAGCUCAGGAAGGUGUGUUGGGGAAGGAAAGGGAAUCACAUGGGCAAGGCAUAGAGCCAGGAGACCCCGUGUUAGUAGAACGGCUCUGUUUAGGAUACACAGAGUGGAACCAUGGUGCUUUGGUCUUAGUUUUUCCCAUUAGGUCCCUUCUGACUGGAAGUUCCUUGUGAUGUCUUUCUCAGGAAUAUUUUAGGAGGUAAGGUAAGGGGUGGGCAGUCUGUGAGAGACUGGCUGUGUAUGGAGGGUAAUGUCACAGGCUAGCUGCUCGGCCACGAAUACCGUGUGGCUCUAAGUGCCAUAAAUGUACAGAACGUGGAGUUAAAUGUAUCACUGCUCAUCAGUGCUUAAAAUACUGUGCUCCCAAUGCUGUCUUAGAUCCUGGCUCUCAGAGGGGUAAGUUGGAGCCGUGGUAUUGGUAUGUGCAUUUGCAGCAGGGUAAGAAAGGUUUAAAUUAAGGAAUUAAUUUAUUUUCUCUCCUGCCCCCUCUCCCUUUAUGACUCUUUGCAUAGUAGAAUUUCAGACUUCCUGAAAUUAUUGUUUUGGUUGUAAAUUGAAUAUCGAUUCUUUUUUUCAAAACGCGAAGUUUGCAUCGAUUCCUUCCCGAAGGAGAAACAAAAAUCAAAGGCAAAUUAGGCCCUUGUGCUCUUGCAUCUCAACAGCUUGAGUUACUAGCGAAGUGGGACCAUGUGAAUGAUCGUUUGGAUAAAAGCCGCGGAAAGAUGCAGAAAGCUGCAUCACACGAUUAAAGACAAUAAAUUUUUAGUUCAUUUCUUGGA